AUGGGAAAAGCAAGGACUUUAGUUCUUCUUUUGAUAUGUUUCUAUGGAACACUUGUUUCUGCAUACACAAAGUACAACACUGGAGCUACGGUUGUUGAAGGAAAAUUGAAUGUUCACUUGGUUCCGCACUCCCAUGACGAUGUUGGUUGGCUUAAGACAGUUGAUCAGUACUAUGUUGGCUCCAAUAAUACAAUUCAGGGUGCAUGUGUUGAAAAUGUGUUGGACUCAGUGGUUGGUUCUCUUCAAAAGGAUCCAAAUAGAAAGUUUGUGUUUGCAGAGAUAGCAUUUUUCCAUCGAUGGUGGGUAGAACAAAGUCCAGAAACACAAGAACAAGUGAAGAAGCUUGUGGCCACUGGUCGGCUAGAAUUCGUAAAUGGUGGUUGGUGUAUGCAUGAUGAAGCAGCAGUCCACUACAUAGACAUGAUAGACCAAACAACUUUAGGGCAUCGGUUUAUAAAGGACCAAUUUAAUGCAACCCCUAAAGCUGGUUGGCAGAUUGAUCCUUUUGGACACUCUGCUGUUCAAGGUUACCUACUUGGUGCUGAGCUUGGGUUUGAUUCUGUACACUUUGCAAGAAUUGAUUAUGGAGAUAGAGCUAAGCGCAGAAAUGACAAAUCUCUCGAAGUUAUUUGGCGUGCCUCUAAAACAUUUGGUUCUUCAUCUCAAAUUUUUGCCAACACUUUUCCCGUUCAUUAUAGUGCUCCAAAGGGUUUCAAUUUUGAACUUGGAUCCUCCGAUAACGUCGUUCCAUUACAGGAUGAUCCUCUUUUGUUUGAUCCCAAUAUUGAACAGCGUGUCCAAGAUUUUAUCGACGCUGCUGUUAUCCAAGCGAAUGUUACGAGGACAAACCAUAUCAUGUGGACAAUGGGGGAUGAUUUUCAGUAUCAAUAUGCAGAGUCUUGGUUCAAGCAAAUGGAUAAAUUAAUUCACUAUGUUAAUAAGGAUGGAAGAGUGAAUGCCUUGUAUUCUACUCCAUCUAUUUAUACCAAUGCCAAAAACGCGGCAAAUCAAUUGUGGCCAUUGAAAACCGAUGACUACUUCCCGUAUGCUGAUGGUCCAUAUGCAUACUGGACAGGCUAUUUCACUAGCCGCCCGGGCUUAAAGCGAUAUGUUAGAUUCCUAAGUGGAUAUUAUUUGGCCACGCGUCAACUUGAAUUUUUCGCUGGAAAACGAUCGACUAUAUACAAUACUUUUGACCUUGCAGAUGCUCUAGGAAUCGCACAGCACCACGAUGCUGUCUCUGGAACUGCCAAACAACAUACAACUGAUGACUACGCGAAACGGUUGGCUAUUGGAGCAUCCGAGGCUGAAGUAGCUGUUAGCUCUUCUUUCGCGUAUCUUGUUAGUAAGCAAUCUGGCGAUCAAAGUUCAGCAGUUGCAUCAACAUUUUCCCAGUGUCAAUUACUCAAUAUCAGUUACUGCCCUCCAACAGAAGACAAUAUUCCAGCAGCUAAAGAUUUGGUAGUGGUGCUGUAUAACCCUCUUGGAUGGAAUCGUACUGAUAUUGUCAGAAUACCAGUUAAUGAAGCUAAUCUAGCGGUGAAAGAUUCAUCUGGAAACAACCUUGAAGUACAAUAUGUGGAUGUGGACAGCGUUACAGCAGAUUUAAGAAGAUUUUAUGUCAAGGCCUAUUUGGGAUUGUCUCCGAAAAUUGCCCCGAAAUAUUGGCUUCUGUUUCAAGCGUCUGUACCUCCACUUGGUUGGAGCACAUACUUCAUUUCUAAAGCAGCUGGAAAAAGUACUAGGAGAAAGGGAAAACUCUCACACCUCAACAAUAAGAAUGGUGAAAACAUUGACGUCGGACCUGGAAAGUUAAAGAUGUCAUUUUCUUCAACCUCUGGACUACUCGAACGGAUAUAUAAUUCCAAAAUCGGAGUAAAUAUACCAAUUCAGCAAAACUACCUUUGGUAUGCCUCUAGUGAGGGUGAUAGUCGUGAUUCUCAGGCAUCUGGUGCAUAUAUAUUCCGCCCAAAUGGAUCCUCUCCCUAUAUUGUUUCAAGAUCGGUGCCCCUCAAGGUAAUCCGUGGACCACUAGUUGAUGAGGUUCAUCAGACAUUUAGUUCCUGGAUUUACCAGGUCACUAGGCUGUUCAAGGGCAAAGACCAUGCGGAAAUCGAAUAUACUAUUGGUCCCAUUCCUAACGAUGGAGUUGGGAAAGAGGUAAUCACAAGAAUGACAACAAAUAUGGCCACAAACAAGGAGUUUUAUACUGAUUCUAAUGGAAGAGAUUUUCUGAAACGGGUUCGAGAUCAUAGGGAAGAUUGGCCACUUCAAGUUACUCAGCCUGUAGCAGGAAACUACUAUCCACUCAAUCUUGGGAUUUAUACCAAGGAUAAGAAAUCUGAAUUCUCAGUCUUAGUUGAUCGUGCCACCGGUGGAUCCAGCAUCAAAGAUGGUGAGGUGGAAUUGAUGGUUCAUAGGCGGCUUACCAAUGACGAUGGCAGAGGAGUAGGAGAGCCACUCGACGAAGAAGUUUGCACACAGGAUGUUAAUGUUACAUGUGAAGGACUAAGAGUAAGAGGAAAUUACUAUAUCAGCAUCGACAAUGUCGGAGCUGGUUCACGCUGGCGACGUACAACUGCUCAAGAAAUUUACUCACCACUUUUAUUGGCUUUCACACAUGAGAAUGCGGAAAACUGGAAAUCCUCUCAUUUGACCACAGGAACUGUCAUGGAUCCAAAUUACAGCUUGCCUCCUAAUGUUGCGUUGAUAACUCUCGAGGAAUUGGAUGGUGGAAUUGUUCUUCUCCGUUUGGCACAUCUAUACGAGCCAAGUGAAGAUGCUCAGUAUUCAACUCUAGCCAAAGUUGAACUGAAAAAGUUGUUUGCCUCAAAAACGAUAAAGGAGUUGAAAGAGGUAAGCUUAUCAGCUAACCAAGAGAAGUCAGAAAUAAAGAAGAUGACAUGGAAGGUUGAAGGGGACAAAGGACAAGAACCUCAAGCAGUUAGGGGAGGUUCUGUCAGCACUUCAGAUUUUGUUGUCGAGCUUGGCCCUAUGGAAAUUCGUACUUUUCUGUUGAAGUUUUAA